UUCAUGAAGACAUCCUCCUCCCUCCCCUUUUCAAUAAUAAAAAAAAAUUAAUUUACCCCCUCUUUCAAGGCUGCGGCACUGGAAAACAAGCAAUUUGGAUAGCUGUAGAAAAUGCACGUUUUAAUCCUAGCUCAAUUGAACAAUUCUCCCCCACCACCAACCAUGACACCAUCAGCCAAACCACCACCACCUCAUUCACAACAGAAACCCCCAAAGAAUGUGCCAAAUUUUGUUCAAACACAAUAACCACUUUCUUUGACAAUUUUGGACGUCGACGCCGUUGCAAUGCUUUUUCCUUUAAUGAAAAUGAAAAAUUAUGUCAACUUGCCUAUUCAAAUGUUGAGUUUCCGUCGAUGCUGGUUCAAACAACAGAAGCUGAUUUUGUACAGAGAGCGUUCAGGAGGCUUUGUUAUGGUGGUAAGAGAGCUUUUUUGAAGCGUUAAGAGCUGAAAAUAUUACAAAAUGUCCAGAACCCAAAAAUAUUACAAAAUGUCCAGAACCCAAAAAUAUUACAAAAUGUCCAGACCCCAAAAAUAUUGCAAAACGCCCAGAACCUAAAAAUAUUUCAAAACGUCCCAACCUCUAAAAAAAUUUCAAAACCCCCCAAAAUUCAAUUAAUCCCCUUUUAGCAAACUUUUCCCCCUUCUCUGGCUGCUCCGACUUUUUAUCGUUUAUGGACUACAAACUAAACGACGUUGCGAUAUCACCCAAAGAAUUAUAUGAUGGUUUACCACAAAAUAUACAAGGAUUGUCUGCUUGUAUUGAAUUGUGUGUUUUGGCUAAUGAUUUUAAUUGUUUGAGUGGAUUUUUUGACACUCUAAAAGGCAGAUGUUUACUUUAUAAUGUCAAUAGCCUAAGUAAUCCUAGUGCUUUUUGUAAACACAAUGGGAAUGGACACCAAUUAUAUUUUGAGAAUGGAUGUGCUGAAUCACACAAAGAUGUCUCAGAAUAG